AUGGCGAUGCGAGGUCAACGUAUAAAAUUCGAUUUAAAUGAUUCAGAACCUCAAUCUCAUGUACACCUUCCGGCCGCCAGGGCCCUCGUGGGUGACAUCCAAGAGAAAGAGCCUAGUCGAGUACCACAACCACCAAGGCCUACAGGAAUUGCAGGUGGUUUUCCUGCACACAAAGAUCGCCAAAAGGGGCGACCUAAGCGUGGCAAGUACAGGCAGGAGUUGCAGAGCGAUACUGGCGUUGCCAUCGCUACAAGUAAGAAUGUUGAUACAAGCAUCGACAAGGAGAAUAAGGCGCGGCUUGCAAACAUGUCAGAUAAGGACAUAGAGAAAUCAAAAGAAGAGCUCAAGUCGAACCUAGAUCCUUCAGUCAUCGCAACUCUUCUAAAGAGGGCAAACAUAGAGAGUGACGGCAAUCAUUCCUCCUUUGAUGAGGACAGUGGCUCGUCAAAAGUUAUCGGAUGCCAUUCAUCGUCUUCUAGCGCGAUUGAAAAGGAGAAAAUUCACUUGAAAGAGGGUCAUGUGCCAGAGUCAGCCCAUAAAGAGCUAUCGCAAUCAGACGCACCGCCUCUAUAUCCACCAGCUGACCUCCAUCCUGUCACGUCGAAGGAGCCUCUACCAUCAAUAUCGAAAAUCCAUUUUCCAAAGGCACCACCACCCCCUGAGCUUGACCCAGAUGAUCCUGACUUUCUCAUCAAGUUACAUUCCACAUACUUCCCUUCACUGCCUUCUGAUCCCAAUACUCUAGCCUGGAUGGCCCCAGUCAAAGACUCAGAGCAGGCCCCUUACUCGCCCUCUCAAGAUGCCCUGCCUCCAUCUUCUCUUCGCUUUGAUUUUCGUGGUCGCCUUCUUCCCCCCAGAUUAUCUGCCCAAAUACCGGCUAGCAAAGGUCUUCAUCACCAUGGGCAUACGCCGGAUAGUGCCGGCUAUACCGUUCCUGAGCUCUCGCACCUGGCAAGAAGUGCUGUCACGGCCCAGCGUUGUGUUGCUUAUCAGACACUAGGACGCAUCCUGUUCCGGCUUGGUCGAGGAGACUUCGGUGCUGAAGGUGAGGAUCUAUGCGAAGGGCUAUGGGAGCUCGUUGAAAAGGGGAAAGUACUGCCAAACAUAAUCAAUGCUGCAGCGAGAGAGAACGAAGGCAGUAGGAGUGUCUGGGCCACGGCUACGGAUGCAGUGUGGUUGUGGAGAAAGGGGGGUGGUAGAAGGUGGAAGGGGCGUUGA